GAUUCCUAUAAACUCAAGCAAACUAAUUGCCAUUACUCCACAAACUUUCAAAAUCCCACUUCCUUCUUCCUUCUUCAUUUCAAAAUUUCUCUCUCCUCUCUAUAUUUAUAUGUUUGAAUUAUUUCUGAUUAAUUCACCAGGCCAAUUUUUCCUAUCCGUCUGUACUUGAAAGUUCAAUCAUCAAUUAAAGCUUCAACAACUUCCUCUCUUAUAUAAUUUCAAUUCUUCAAUCCAAUUUCAUGUACAAAGACGGAGAACAACCGCCGAUUUCGGCGGCUUCUUUGCAGAUCGAUCGGAAAACAGAGCACGCGGCGGAGCUUGGCGACCAGAAGGAAUUUCAACCUCAGUCAACCGCUGCCGCCAAGGAGGAGCUCCACCGCGCAGAGACUGAACCGCCGCCGAUGGUUAGCAAUUCUGACCUCCAGAAAUUGAGGACUUCGCCAGCCAGACAAGCUUCUGUUGCAAUGGGAGAGAUAAAUCGUGCAGAGUAUGUGUCGGUUGGCGAAUCGCCUUCUCCUUCAAUCAGUAAUGCAAAGAAAGUUUCUGUGUUACCACUUGUGUUUCUCAUCUUCUAUGAGGUUUCAGGGGGCCCAUUUGGAGUUGAGGAUAGUGUUGGGGCAGCCGGUCCUCUGUUAGCUCUUCUUGGAUUCUUGGUUUUUCCACUUAUAUGGAGUAUUCCUGAAGCAUUAAUUACUGCUGAGAUGGGGACUAUGUUCCCUGAAAAUGGUGGUUAUGUUGUUUGGGUUUCUUCUGCUUUGGGUCCGUUUUGGGGAUUUCAACAGGGUUGGAUGAAAUGGCUGAGUGGAGUUAUUGAUAAUGCUCUAUAUCCUGUCUUGUUUCUUGAUUACUUGAAGUCGGAGAUUCCAGCUCUUGGUGGAGGUCUUCCAAGAGUUGCUGCAGUCUUGGCUUUGACAGUGAUCCUCACUUACUUGAAUUAUAGAGGAUUAACAAUUGUUGGUUGGGUUGCUGUAAUCCUUGGUGUUUUCUCAAUCCUCCCUUUUGCAGUUAUGGGACUUGUGUCUAUUCCGAAGCUACGGCCAUCUAGAUGGCUUGUGGUGAACCUAAAGGAUGUUGACUGGAAUCUGUAUUUGAACACUCUAUUCUGGAAUUUGAAUUAUUGGGAUUCUAUUAGCACAUUGGCUGGGGAAGUGGAAAACCCAAACAAAACACUCCCUAAAGCACUUUUUUAUGCCUUGAUUUUGGUUGUUCUCAGUUACUUUUUGCCUCUUUUAAGUGGGACAGGAGCCAUUGUGCUUAAUCGCGAACUGUGGACUGAUGGCUACUUCUCUGAUGUUGCUAAAAUUAUUGGAGGGGCUUGGUUGGGUUGGUGGAUCCAAGGGGCUGCUGCCAUGUCAAAUAUGGGAAUGUUUGUGGCUGAGAUGAGCAGUGAUUCUUUCCAACUUCUUGGAAUGGCAGAACGUGGUAUGUUGCCUGAGUUCUUCAGCAAACGGUCUCGUCAUGGGACACCAUUGAUUGGGAUACUAUUCUCAGCCUCAGGUGUUGUUUUGCUUUCUUGGUUGAGCUUUCAAGAAAUUGUAGCGGCAGAGAACUUCUUGUACUGCUUUGGAAUGAUUCUGGAAUUCUUAGCCUUUAUCAAGCUAAGGAUUAAACAUCCAGCUGCAUCUCGGCCUUACAAGAUUCCUGUGGGAACCGCUGGAUCAAUCCUGAUGUGUAUUCCUCCAACAAUAUUAAUAUGCAUAGUGUUGGCCCUUUCAACAGUCAAAGUGAUGAUUGUGAGUCUAGCUGCUGUGGCAAUUGGCUUAUUGUUGCAACCUGGUCUCAAGUAUGUUGAAAAGAAGAGAUGGCUCAAAUUCUCUGUUAGUGCUGACCUCCCUGAUCUCCAUUUUGCUAAUCGAAACCGGUCAGACACCUUGGUAUAUUAAUAGGAAUUCACUGAUCAUUCGGUUUCAAAGAAAGAGGAAGACUCAAUUCUGAGAUGAUAACGAUGCAUUGGAGACCGAUAUCAAUUGAUGCAAUGGCAGACCAAAGAUCUUAUAAGUUCUUUCUGUUUUGAUAUGUGCUUAAGUUGUAGCGUAAUCACAUUUAUCAUCCUAGUUUUAGAAUGAUGAUAAAUAGAAAAACGAAAGAGAAGCAAUCUCAGUUCCUUAAAUUAAAUUAAGCAUCAAUUAGCAACAUUGCCUGUUGAGAUGUCUUUAUGUGUUAAUGUUCUAAUUCCACAA